GCACACACACAAUCUCUCUCUCUCUCUCUCUCUCUCUCUCUCUCUCUCUCUCAAACACACACACGCAAACCGCUCAGUCUUUUUCUCUCACACACACCUUUCAGUCAGCUCCAGGUUCUCGGAGCGCCCGCUACUGGACUACACACACACUCUUCUCAGUCUCUCACACACACGCUCUGAGUCUCUCAGUGAGCUCCAGGUUCUCGGAGCGGCCGCCGCUGGAGCUGUGACCGCCGACAGUGCACCGCGCUCGGCAUGUGGACGCCGCUGGCCGCGCUGCUGCUGCUGGAUCUGUGCUCAUGAUUCUCCUCUGCUGUGCAGGAAUUCUGCUUUCGCUUUGAAAACUGCUGCUUGGACAAAUGCAUACAAAUGCAUUUAGGAGCUCAACGGACAAGGAGUGGACGAGUUUCAGCCACAGCGAGUCUGCUGGUCCUCCUCCUGUCAUCAUGUGUGCUGCUGCUGUGUGCAGAAGAGCCAAACCCAGCUCCAGGUGUAGAUCUCCUCCAUCAUCUGGGACUGUCGGUCCUCAGAGAGCAUCCCUCCUCCGGGUCAGCGCACCUCAGCUCAGAGUCUCCACCGGUGCCUGCUCUGCCCAUGGGUGUGGGGGCGACCCUGGCCCAGGACACCCUCAGUGAAGCCCCCUGCGCUGGUCUCCUCCCCGCAGGCACGGAGCAGGAGUUUUCCAUCAUCGUGAGCUUGAGCUCCUGGAGAGCCAACAAUGCCUUUCUGUUCAGCGUGCGGGACGCCGGGGACGAACUGCAAUUCGGCAUACAGCUGCUGCCCGGCCGGAUCGCGGUCCACACCGGCAGGAAGACUUCGCUUUACUUUAAACAUGAUGUGCAGGAUGGACAGUGGCACUCCUUCGCUGUCGGCGUGCGGGCCCGUUCUGUAUCUCUAUAUGCACACUGUGGAGAUGUGCAUCACGAGGAGCAGACGCUGACCCGUGUGCAGACACUGCCCCCUGACGGACGGCUCUCCGUAGGCCGCAUGGACUCCAGAGCGCCGCAGUUUGAAGGAGCGUUUUGUCAGCUGGACAUCUACCCAUCAGCCCAGGCUGCGGCACACUACUGCGAGUAUCUUAAAAAACAGUGCAGACUGUCGGACACCUUCCGAUCUCAAUCCUCAACAGGAUCCUCAGAUCUCCAGCAAAGCUCUUCAGCAUCACACACUCCAGGUGAUCAGGUCACCCCCCACACCAACUCUAAUCCAACAGCACUUUUUGAUCAGUCAACAACGAGCUCGCCACUAUUGCGCUCUAGGCAUAUAGACCCGUCUACAAGAUCACUGAGCAGGAGAUUCAAUCUGGAGACGUCCACCAGAAACCCAGGCAAGAGUCUGGAUGCUGAAAAUGAGACUGAGGAUCAUCAUCUUAAGAAGCCCAGAGCGACUCGAGCCACCCCGGAUCUGAUCUCCAUCAUCCGGCAGAGCCGUCUUAAAGAUUUCUCAAGAUAUAAUGAAAGAUCCCAGCAAUCCCAGAGCGAGGUCAAAGUGAACAACACCAUCCUGUACCGCCAGGAGAGCAGCUACAAUCUGCUGGACCAAUCAGAGGAGCAGGACCCAGGAUACUCUGAUGGUUACGGAUACGACUACGGUUUCGAAGAAGACGAGUAUUUCUUCGACUAUGAUGGAUUUGUUGGUCCUAAAGGAGAACCGGGUCCUCCAGGCCCCGCUGGUCCCCCAGGUCUGCCCGGACCCCCUGGAAAGAGAGGAGCUCGGGGUCCGCCUGGUCCUCACGGGAGCCCGGGGCCGCCUGGUUUACCUGGUCUAAAGGGAGCUAAAGGAGAUCCAGGCCUGUCCCCGGGUCAGGCGCCAGCAGGAGAUCCGGGUGAUCGAGGUCGGUCGGGUCCCCCGGGUUCUAAUGGUGAUCCAGGUCUGAAGGGUCCCAAAGGCUAUCCAGGACCCGCAGGUCUGCCCGGAGAACAGGGUUUGCCAGGGUUGCCAGGCGUGUCUGGGGCGGCGGGUUACCCUGGCAGGCAGGGUUUAGGAGGACCAGAGGGAAACCCAGGACCCAAAGGUGUCAAUGGCUUCAUCGGACCACCAGGAGUUGCGGGACCACCAGGACUGGAAGGAGAGAGAGGAGUUCCGGGUCCUAGAGGAAACACGGGUCCCAAAGGAAGACAGGGGGUGGUGGGAGACCCAGGAGAACGAGGACCUCCAGGACCAGAUGGAAAUCAGGGGCCUGUCGGUGGAACUGGCAGCAGUGGAUUCCCAGGCCUAAGAGGUGAUUCAGGCCCUGAGGGUCCGCGUGGGUUGCCAGGUAUUGUGGGAGCUCAGGGCCUGGGCGGAGGGGCGGGGCCUCCUGGAUUGAAAGGUGAUAAGGGGGAACCAGGCCUGAGAGGUGAACCGGGAGAAUCUGGUUACCCAGGAGACAAGGGGGCGGCUGGUAAUCCUGGACCUACAGGACCACGAGGAAAACCGGGGGUUCAGGGGAAAACAGGUGAAGCGGGGCCGCAGGGGCCUCCAGGGCCUCCAGGACCCGAGGGUUUUCCAGGAGACAUCGGGGCUCCAGGACACAACGGCCCCCCGGGGCCAAAGGGUAUUCAAGGAGCUCGGGGCCCUCAGGGACCACCAGGACCAAAGGGAACAGAGGGAGACGAAGGCCCCCCGGGUCCACCUGGAAAGCCUGGUCCCACUGGUCGAAUAGGUCGUAAGGGUUUGAUUGGUGAAGCGGGACCUGAAGGGCUGAAGGGAGAAACCGGAGACCUCGGAAACCCUGGAAAACACGGCCCUCCUGGUCCAGUUGGACUGAUAGGAAUAACGGGAGUUACAGGACAGCCUGGAGAAAAGGGUGAUCGAGGUCCUCCAGGUCCUCUGGGUCCUCCAGGAGAGAAAGGUUCAACAGGGUAUCCGGGUCUUCCUGGAGGUCCUGGAGAUUUCGGUCCUCAGGGUCCAGCAGUGAGUGCAGCACUGAGCAGAUUUAUGAAAAUAACCACAAAACACAUCAGAGACACCACAGUACAUGAGGAUUACAGUAGAGGGCACUAG